ACAUUUGUUAGACACAAAAAAAAAAACCUUUACCUAAGCAAUAAUACUAAGUUCAAAGCUCGUUUUCUUUCACCUUUUUCUACAUGUCCUCCUGGGGAGUUAUGGCUGGGCAUUUGGAGGGUUGGGGUGCCCUUGAAGAGGGCUGGAGGAAAGGCCCUUGGACUACUGAAGAAGAUAAGCUGCUCACUGAAUAUGUUAGGCUGCAUGGAGAAGGAAGAUGGAAUUCUGUUGCAAGGCUUGCCGGGCUGAGAAGGAAUGGGAAAAGCUGUAGAUUAAGGUGGGUGAAUUAUCUAAGGCCAGACCUUAAGAGGGGGCAAAUAACCCCACAUGAGGAGAGCAUAAUCUUAGAGUUACAUGCUAGAUGGGGCAACAGGUGGUCUACAAUUGCACGAAACUUGCCUGGAAGAACUGACAAUGAGAUCAAGAAUUACUGGAGGACCCAUUUCAAGAAGAAGGCAAAGCUUUCACCAGAAAACUCUGAGAAGUUGAAAGCUCGUCUUCUUAAGAAGCAACAAUUUCAGCAGCAGCAACAACAACAACAGUUACAACAGCAGCAGCAGCAGCAGAUGAAUCAAUUGGAAAUGAAAAAGAUGAUGUCCUUUCUCGAGGAAAAUGAGCAGAGAGCAGCAGCAGCAGCAUAUGUGCCCCAGAUGAAGCAGGAACUGGUCUAUGAAUAUACCAGCAAUGCUACAACUGAUCAAGAACAGGGCUACUUCUACCCCAUGAUGAUUAUCAAUGGCAAUCCUGUGACCUUGAAUCCUGCUGAUCAACCCUGCAGUGAGGAAAUCAUUUGGGAGGGCCUCUGGAACUUGGAUUUGGAUGAUGGCAAUGGCAAUUUUGGAGCUUCCUGUUUAACAACCAACAAAGCUAGUUUCCACAAUCUAGUCACCCCUACUCCCUUCUGUUAAUUUUUUUUUUCUUUGAGUGCUACUGAUUUUCUCAAGUUUACUGUUAGUCUUCUACCACUAAUAGUCUUUCACAAGAUGACAAAGAGGGUUCUGGAUUGAUUGCAAGAUAAAGGGGUGAAAUUUGAGUCUGAUUAUGAAUCAUGAUAAUAUAAUAAAUUGGUACAAUUUUGUUUCUUAAUCCAAUUCUAUGUGAGGGUUGAGAGAUUUGUGCACUAAGUUAAAGAUUUGGAUUGAUUUGAUGAUGGAAAGUACUGAGGGGACCAUCCAAUGACAGGAGAAGUCCCAUCUUUAAUCAUAAUAGCAUAAACUUAGAUAGCAAGUGAGGAUCAAAGAAUAUUAAUUAGUAGGGGAUGCUUCCAUAUUGGUAUAAAUAGUUCAUGUACAC